UUUACUUCCGGGUUGUUGGUUUAUCUUGCUCUCGGUGACUUGUUGACUAUGGGAUUCCGGACUGUAGCAUUAUUACAUGUAUCACUAGGGAUAAGUCUGUGCUACGAAAAUCUCUCAAAGGAUCGUACAGCUGUACAGAGUACAACGUGGACUUGUCCAGCUAAUGAUCCAACAUGUACAACUUACUUACCAAGCAAUGCAGUAGACGGAGACAUCAGUACAUGUAUACGGACUGAGUGGAUUGGUUAUAUGUCUCAGUACAAGACGGUAUGGUGGUAUGUAGACCUUGGGGACAUAAAAAGUGUAUACAACAUCAGGAUACAGUUCAGGGACUACGGUCAACAGUAUGAAAUGCGACAAAGAGGAAGAAUGGCAGGAUUUUCUUUGUAUCUAUCAAACACAUCUAACAUUGAGAACGGCUAUCUGUGUUACAAGGCCGGACCAGAUUUACCUCCCUUGGACUUUAGCACCACCUGUGUCAGUCACGGCCGUUAUGUUAUAUUUUACAACGAAAGACAACCAGGAGUACAGUAUCCCGCUGGUUACGAAUUGACGUCUGUUACAGAAUUAUGUGAAGUGACUGUUCUGGGCUGUAUGACAACCGGACGUUAUGGACAAGAAUGUGAACUGAUCUGUUCAUCUCACUGUCAGGAACAAAGAUGUCAUAUUGUUGAUGGAACCUGUCUUGGUUGCAUUGCCGGAUGGACAGGGAAUUUCUGUAACAAAACUUGCCCCAAUGGAUACUACGGUAUGGAAUGUGAGUCUGAGUGUCUGGGACAUUGCAGGGACGGAGUAUCGUGUAAUCACACAAGUGGUAAUUGUGACAAUGGAUGUGGAGACGGAUGGCAAGGAGCAAAGUGUGAUCAAGCGUGUUUAGACGGAUGGUAUGGUCCUAAUUGUAUCUACACAUGCAGUGGCAACUGUCGGAAUAACGCACCUUGUGAUAAAACAAAUGGAACGUGUCAGAGCUGUAAACCUGAGUAUGCAGGAAACCUUUGUAACAAUAGCUGUCCUGAAAGAUUCUACGGAGAUGAUUGCUCCACGGCUUGCAAUGAUAAAUGCCUAAAUAACGAGUGCCACCAUGAAAGUGGUUUGUGUAACAAUGGAUGUAAGGACGGAUACCAGGGACCAUUCUGUAACGAAAGUUGUGAUUAUAGCUGGUACGGAAAGAACUGCUCUAUGGAAUGUAAUACAAACUGUGUCAACAAAUCCUGUCAUCAUAUCACGGGUAAAUGCCAACACGGAUGUAGACCCGGUUGGAUAGGAUCAAAUUGUAGUCAAGCCUGUGAUAAGGGAUUGUAUGGUCCUAACUGUUCAGAAACCUGCAGUGAGUUUUGCAAAGUCGAUACUGAUUGUAACCACGUUGAUGGAAACUGUAGUAACGGCUGCAGAAGCGGAUACACUGGGUCUAAAUGCGAUAGAAUUUGCGACGAUAAAUGGUAUGGCGAAAAUUGUUCAAUACAAUGCGGCAAAGAUUGUGUAAACCAGUCAUGUGAUCAUAUAUAUGGUGAAUGUAGCUGUGGUUGCACACCUGGUUGGAUGGGAAAGAACUGCUCACAAGAAUGUACAUACCGAUGGUAUGGGGAAAAUUGCUUAGAGGCGUGUAGUGGAAACUGUGCUGAAAACACAACGUGCAACAGAUUUAACGGGACUUGUCCGGAGGGAUGUGAAACGUCAUUCACCGGGGAAAAAUGUGACAGAAAUAUCGUGACAGCUCCCUCUGGUUCCUCAGCGAGUGAUGUCCCAUACGGUUAUAUAGCUGGACUUGUCGUAUCUAUAAUCUUCAACGUCUUUCUAUGUGGUGUAUUAAUAGCUACAAGGAGGCAUUACACGAGGAAAGGCGAAAAGUGUUCCCCACAAUAUGUGAGCCACGGCAAUCAGACAACAGUAACAACUGAUGAUACACAUACAUAUCAAGAACUCAAUAUAUCAGCAAACAUUAACUCGUACCAAAAUCUUUCAUUCGGAAGUGAUCUAUGAAUUCCGCAUGGACAUAAUGUGGUGUAAGAUGGAUAGACAUAAGGAAUGAAUGCUUCAUUGGAAUGACAGUGGAUGUUUUAGUAGGGGCAGUGUAUUUUUUAAAUGUCUGAAUGGGCAUAAGUACAUGUUUAAAGAUAUAGACGUUAAUGAGAAGAAAAUGUUUACGUUAUUUAGUUAAAGUAAUACAUGUCAUAUUACACUGUGUAGAAGACGAACUCAGUACACGUGGGUGUAAUAUCGGAAGCAAAUAUUGAUUCCUUGAGUUUUUCACAUGUCAGCAUAAUGUUAUGUACAUAUUUAGAUUACAAUAGAAAUGAUUUUAUAAACUACCUAAAGGUCUUUUAAAAAAAAAAAGUAUGACAACUUUUAGGUCAUGUCACCUGUUACACGAAUGCAUUGACGAUAUGCAUGAUAUAUCAUAUUAUGAUUUCCUAUUAUUAUUGCAUGUGUGUAUUACAUGUACUUUUAAUUUGAUUCGAUAUCACAGAAUAAUUUGAACAUUUAUACAUGUAUAAUUAAUAUGCAUACCAGCAGAAUGUAUUACACAUAUACAGUAUCUUGUUAAUGGAUUUGUAAAGGAAAUAAUUUCACCUCUAAAUACAUGGCUUACUACCAAAUCCGAUGCACUUUCGAAAUCAUACCGCACACGCAUGUUACUAAAAUACAUUUAUCCAAUAAACAAUUAAAAUGUGUUUUAGUGUAACAUUUGUGGAGUGAUAUUUCUUUUAAAAGAAGUAUCCCAGAAAAGCCCACCCCCUUCAAAAUAAAUCAAAGUACACAAGAGCAAGGUAAUGAUGACUUUCAAUUAAUUUCAAGGUAAUGAUGACUUUCAAUUAGAAAUGUAUGAAUAAUGUGAAUUUUACAGAAUAAAUCGGGUUAUUAUAGCAAUGAUACUUUAUGUACACAUAUUUUCUCUUUAUUCCUUUUUGAUCCGCGACACCAAUUUUGCCUGAGAAGUAUUUUUUU